AUGUACAUUCCUCAAAAACGUGCGGAUAGUUCGCACAAGAACAAGAUCUUCAUCAUUUGUGCAUCUGCCAUUCUCUUUACGAUUGCCUUAUGUGUCUCUAUCUUCUUCCUCUCCCGAUAUCUCCGACAACGUCAUUCCGAGCCCAAAUAUAUCCCCGGGACAUUUCUCAAACAGAAAUGGAAGCAAUGGCGCCCAGGGACUGCCUCGUAUGGGCAAGUUCCUAAUCAAACAAAUGCGAAUACGACAGACACAUCAUAUCGCGGCGCUGGAUCGGCACCGGAAAUGCAGACUGCUGAUGGUGUCCGCCGGGAAACAUCUAUUCGAUCAAUCAUGACACUACCGCCUUACUCUCCUAACCCAAAGCCGACCGAACAAAUUAUCGCACGGGAAGGCGAGCGCGGUGGAAUGGAUAUGGUAGUCGAGUACCCGGAAACCGCCGAAGAACAAGAAACUCGACGCGAAGAGCAAAUGGACUCGCUCUACCAGCUUCGCCUUCAGCGUCGCCAGGAACUUGCCGAUCGAGAGGCCCGACGCCGGGAACGACGGGAAGCCCGGUCGCGCGGCGACUCCACUCGUCUCGAACAACUUGCCGCCGAAUCCCGCGUCAGGUCCCAGGCUCGCCGUCCAGGGAGCAACACCGGCAGCGCUGCCAAUGUAGCAGCCGCCUUGGCCGAGCAUCAAGCGCGAGAACGGGAACGCCGCAUUUCAACAGUCAGUUAUGCUAACGUUGGACAUGUUCGCCAUGAUGGCUCGCGGCUUCGAGCGGAUUCGCACGACUCGGAUCGUCACCCGCUGUUAUUACAGGAUUCCGCAUCAAUGGAGGAUCCUUCCAGCCGGGACUCCCGAGUUCAAUCAUUCGCCUCGUCAAUUCACAGCGAGUCAACUGGGGGUACGGAGCUAGAACCUCUCACGCUAGCGCAGACCACAACACACGGAUCGAGUCGACCGCAAUCACAAGCUGAUGAGGGAGAUCUGGGUGCUCUGAGUAUUCCUCCACCCCCAGAGUAUGAUCAUCUGGACUGGGGUGACGCUCCAGCAUAUCAGAGCCCUAUCGCCGACCGACAUGAACAGCCUCAGCGCUUGCCCAGCAUAUCUCGUUUGCCUUCUAUCCAUGUGAACCUGCCGAGUCCCAUGGCUGUAUCGCCGGUUACGCCAACGCAGUCUACCUUCCAGACCAUCAGUGAAGCUUCUUCCACGCCAACCAUCAGACAAGUUUCCGCCCAGUCGAGGACAUCCGCUUCCAGUCAGGCUUCCUGA